CCCUCGUGCCCGAUCAUAACUAUCAAACUUAACUCUCGUACGAAACAAACCUGCCACUCGAAAACGUUAAUCGCGUCGUCAUACCCAUACCGCAUCCAACAAUGACGGAAGUCUCGUCACUCCAGGCCGAUGACCAGCCACCACCACCAGCCAGCACACAAAAACAUACCACCACCACCCCAACACAACCACCACUACCACACGCGCCCGCGACAACGAAAAAGAAGGGAAUAGUCCUCGGCCCCGAUGGCAAACCCUGCCGCACCUGCAACACGUACCAAGACUUCUUCGGCGCGACCGCCUCCUCCUCCGCCUCCUCACCCCGCCCGUUCCCCACCGGGGCACCCACCUCGGCACCCAUCCCCCGCGACGACUGCCCCCCCGACGUCGAGCAGCUCGGGCGGGCCUCCUGGACCCUGUUACACUCUAUCGCGGCAACCUACCCCAGCACCGCCACCCCCUCGCAGCAAGCGGACAUGUCGCAGUUCCUGCAAAUCUUUGGGCGGAUAUAUCCGUGCUGGAGCUGCGCGGCGGAUUUCCGGGCGUGGAUGGCGGCGCCGAAGCCGGGCAGUGGGAAGACGCUCGACGAGGUUGUUAAGGGACGGAAGACACUGGGAAAGUGGCUUUGUGAGGCGCAUAAUGAUGUUAAUCAGAAACUGGGGAAGAACGUGUUUGAUUGUGGGAGGUGGGAGGAGAGGUGGAGGACGGGCGGGGAGGGGUGCUGAGGGGGGAGGGGGAGGGGGGCGGGGACGGGGACGGGGCGGAGAUCUCGGUUUGCUCUGCUCUUCAACUGUACUGUAUAAUAGGUAGGUAUCGGGGACAUGGCGUUCGUCCGUUCGUGCGUAUAGAUUUCACUUUGUCGGUUUUUUGCUUGGGGGCUGUAGUUAUGGUAUGAUUGAUUGAUUUGAUUGAUUGGACGGGAUAGUUAUUCCCACUCCACUCCACUGUAUUCUACUAUUAUAGACUAUGAAAGAAGACCGCUCCGUCGUCGGCUGGUAGUAGGUCCCCGUAAAUAUC